AUGGCCUCCUCCCACCCGGUGAUAACCUCCCACUUUCACUCUGCCAACUCUGCCUCCUGGCUCUCGACUUCCUUUCUGCUCACCCAGACCUCUUUUCAGCCGUUGGUCGGGGGUUUGUCGGAUGCGAUUGGCAGGAAAACACCCUACCUCAUCCUCGCUGCCGUCUUCUCCUUGGGGACGCUAUGGUGCGCCGUUGCUGGGUCCAUGCUCCAGUUCAUCCUGGCUCGAGCAGUCUGCGGCCUCGGAGCGGGGGGGAUGAUGACGCUGGGGAGCAUCAUCAUGUCUGAUGUCGUGCCUAUCGAGAUCCGACCUAGAUAUCAGAGCUUGAUGAAUGUUACUUUUGGUGUCGGGUCCAUGAUGGGGGCGGGUCUGGGGGGUCUGAUGGCGGAUUGUCUGGGGUGGAGGUGGGAGUUUGGGGUUCAGGUUCCUGUUCUGAUCAUCUGUGUGGGAGUGAGCGGGUUGGUGAUCCCCGGUGAUUUAGGACUGUACGGGAAACAGAAGGUGACGAUACAGCAGGCGUUGAGAGAGUUUGACUUUUGGGGAGCCGCGACCCUGGCGGGGAGCGUGACGGGGUUGGUGUUGGGGGUUGGGCUGGGGGGAAACGUUCUCCCUUGGAGCCAUCCGGUUGUGGUAGGGUCGUUGAUGUUCUUUGCGGUGGUGUUCCCCGUGUUUUUGUGGGUGGAGGGAUGGGUUAGAAACCCGAUCAUGCCGCUUCAUCUGGUGUUCAAGGCGCCGCACAUGAACCUGAUGGUGUCGAGCCAUAUUUCGGCAUUGUUGGCGGCGGCGAUACUGUUUAACGUACCGCUGUUUUUCCAAGGCGUCCUCCUCACCUCGGCCACAGAGUCCGGCCUCCGCCUGGUGACCUGCUCGGCGGUCCAGGCCCUCUGCGGAAUGACAACCGGCUUUUUGAUCACCUGGUCCCGCCGGAUGAAGUGGCCGCUCACCACAGGCGCAACGCUCGUCAUAGCCGGACUGUUCUGCUUGUUCAGCAUGGAAAGGGGCUGGCCGACAUGGGUUUACAUGCUCUGUCUCGUGCCGGCGUCGGCAGGCCAAGGUUUCCAGUUCCCGGGAAGCUUCAUGGCUGUGCUCGCCGCGUCAGAGCAGCACGAGCAAGCUGUCGUGACCAGCACCCUGAUGCUGUGGAGAAGCACAGGCAACAUUCUCGGAGUCGCCUGCUCAUCGCUUGUCGUGCAAAACUCGCUGUGGUAUCACCUCCAGGAAUUCGUCAGCGGACCGGAAAAGGAGGCUGUGAUCAGCAAAGUCAGAAAGUCGGUCGAGGCUAUCAGGGACUUGGAGGGGACAUACCAGGAUCAAGUCGUACAGAGCUACGCCGCCGCCCUGCGUCUAACUUUUCUAUGUUGCUUCGCUCUGGCCGUUGCGAACCUGUGUUUAGUUGCACCAGUCAGACUGGGAAGAUUGGGGAGCAAGAAGUAA